GUUCUUAUUCACUUCUGAUUUUUUGUGUAUAUAUUUUAAGGUAUAUCAUAUGUAAAUCACCAAUUCAAAAACCCUCCCUCCUUUCUAAUUCUAAACUCUCUCUGAUCAUUAGUAUCUUCUUUCGUCUAUUGGAAACACUUAUUGUUGAAUUAUGGAGUACUACACAGGCACGGCCACAAAGUCUCCAACACCAUCAGCACCACCAACACCAUCGUAUGGCGAACCAGUCACUGGCUUUCCGGUGAACUCCCCGAACUACAACCAUAUUAACAACUUCCAAGCCCCUCCUCAGAAUCAACCCAGUACUCCAGCCGAGUGGUCGACCGGCUUAUGUGACUGCUCCUCCAAUUGCUCGAACUGUUGCAUAACAUGUUGCUGUCCAUGUAUUACUUUCGGACAAAUCGCAGAGAUUGUUGACAAAGGAUCACCUCCUUGUGUUGUGAGUGGGGUUUUAUACGCACUAUUGCAAUAUAUCACUUGCUGUGGAUGCUUGUACUCUUGCAUCUACCGUUCCAAGAUGAGGAAGCAGUACAUGUUGCCUAAAAGCCCUUGUGGAGAUUGUCUUGUUCAUUGCUGUUGCGAGCCCUGUGCUAUGUGUCAAGAGUACCGUGAGCUCCAAAACCGUGGCUUUGACAUGUCCCUUGGAUGGGAAGGAAACAUGGAGAGACAAAAUGGUGGAGUGGAAAUGGCACCGGCUGUUCAAGGAGGAAUGACGCGAUAAAUUGGGUGACCCGAUCCAUUCGAGUUUUUGGAUCCCCUUCCUCUCAUCCUCUCUCAAUUCUAAUUCAAGAAAGUAUCAACAUAAGAGUCUUUUUUUCAAAAUAAAUUUUUUAUUUUUCUCUUAUUUGAACAGAUUUUGCAAGGAAAUUAGAUUUCAUAUUGAACUCCAAUUAUACUCUAGUGGGAUGGGAUGACUCCUAUUAGCUCUCUCUCCCCCCAACCCCCAAAAUAAAGUAGUUGACACCCUUUGCGGGUUGAACUACCAAUGUCUUUGUAAGAUAUCAUAACGUUAGUUACUGUGUGUAAUUUCAUUGUUCAUGUACUUUUGUUAGUUGAGUGCUUUUCCUAAGUUUCAAGAAACGCAAUAUAAUAUGUAAGCAGGAAUAACAUUGUGCUUAUAGAAGGAGAAUUUAUGAAUGAG